GGACACAGUGGAUCACCGAUCCGCGGAAAGAGCCGAAGAUGUCAGCUCAGUCAUGUGAUCAGCUGUGUCCAAUCACAGCUGAUCACAUGGGACGUGUACACUGAUCAUCAGAGCACUGAUGAUCAGUGUGCCCUGAUGAUCAGUGUAGCCCCAGCAGUGCCACCUGUCAGUGUCCAUCAGUGCCAGCUGUCAGUGCUCAUCAGUGCCACGUGCCAGUGCCCAUCAGUGCCACAUCAAUAUCACAUAUCAGUGCCUACCAGUGCAUAUCAAUGCCACAUAUUAGUUCCCAUCAGUGCCAGUCAGUACCACCUAUCAAUGCCAAUCAGUGCCACAUUUCAGUGCCAGUCAGUGUUGUGUAUCAGUGCCAGUCAG